UAUAUUUAUAAUUUUUAAAAAUAUACGUUUGCAUGAUCAUUUGUUUAAUUCUAUUUCGAACGUUUUAAUUUCGAAACAAAUGAUAGAACGCAUUGUCAUUCCUACAACGGGAAGUAGGAAGCGUUGUUUAAUUAAUGUCAUGCAUCCCUAUUAUAAUAGUAUUAAAACCAAUAUCAGUACCCCGCCCAUUACUUUUGAAUUGGAUAUUGCGUUGUAGCUACGAAGAUUAAAAUUGGCGUCGUGAGAUUGGCAUACAGCAAGAAUAAAAGUCAGCAUAUUGUUCGCAAAUUAAAGUGCGACCAUGAGCAUAGCUCUGAACUUCUCAUCUCCUAGUUUUCAAGUCACAGAAUCGAGCCACGUUUCAACAGAAACUGAUAAAACACUCAGAAUAUGUGUUACAGCCAUCUUAGGUGUCAUCAUGGUACUAACGAUCCUGGGCAACGGACUUGUCUGUCUGGUUUCCUGUCGACAACCGCAGUUGCAAAGGGUUCCCUAUUAUCCUAUUAUCAGCCUGGCGCUGGCUGAUAUUUUGUGCGGUAUCUGCGCAAUGCCCGCUUAUAUUGCAAAGAAGCACUUUGCCGGCGGUGUCGGGGAGCGUAUAACAUGUGACGGGUUUCGUUUUACUUACUUCUUUUCUGUGUAUGCGUCGAUAUUGAGUCUAACCGCAGUCAGUGUCGAGAGAUUAUUGGCGAUCAAAGCGCCUGUCUGGCACCGAAUGUUCCUAACUAGUCGCAAGAUGAUUGUAGUUUUAAUGUUUUUCUGGCUCGAAGCUGCGCUGGUGUCCAUGUUGCCAUUCUUUUGGCGCGAAGAAGAGACUGAAGAGUCAUGCACAUACCGACCUUCCAGAGAGUGGAGCAUAUUGGUUAUUCUGUUGAACGUAUGCUUUCCAUUUGUCAUUACCUUUACCUGCCAUUUCUACACGGUUAAGUUUGCUAUUCGGUUUUCACGCCAGAAAUAUAAAGCAAAAAUUUCAAGUAGGGAAGAUACAAGCGAGAAAAAUUCGACGGAGUAUAAACACGCCAUCUUGCUGGAAAGACGGGAACGAGAUAUUACAUGCACAAUGGCGAAAGUUUUGGGAGCUUUUAUUUUGUGUUGGGCACCUUCGACUUUCUACUACUUUGUACAAAUGAUUUGUCCCCAGUGUUACGGGCGAUCGUUUGAUCAAAUUCGACCAGUUUUUAAUGCAGUUGUAAAGUUACUAACAUUCGUCAACUCCUGUUUAAACCCGUUUAUCUAUUGUUGGUCGAAUCUUCAUUUCAGACAAGCUUUUUUUUCACUAAAGAUACUUGGAGCAAGGAAUAAAACAUCAACUGUAGAGAUGAUUGGAUUGAAUGGCCAAGGGGCAGUUUCCCGUUAGAUUUGUCCUAGAUUUAAAUUCUAAUCUAAUAUUUCGGUUUUGAAAUGAUGAAAUGGUUAAGAUGAAGAAAUAAAUUAUAUUUACUGUUGCAUGUGUGCAAGCAUUCACUUAGCGACUGGAAUGAUUAUUUA